GCCCCCUCUUCUCUCCCUCGGGGCCCUGCAGUCAGACACAGACUACGGUAUGAGAGCCCUCGUUUGGUGAGGGAGGGCUUUUGUUAGUAAUCACAGUUCACUUUGGAGUUGCCAAGCAGGACCAAGUCGGAAUUCCACUCGCCUUUCAACUCCGACCAUAGUGGACCUCAGCAAAGUCUGCAAAAAGAUGGAAAACAACUUUCUAAAAUGGAUCCUAAACUUUUGCAUGUUCUGCACCGUGUCAGGUGAAGGAUGCUCUCUGGAGCUGAAGCCCUCCAGGGUGGUGGUGGGGUUUGGGGAGCCUGUUUCCGUCAGCUGUGAGGCCUCUCGUCCGGUGCGUGUCUUAGGCUGGGAGUCAGCCAUCGGGGCAGCACACACCCAACAGGACCGUGCUGUCCAAUGGAAGGUGGACAGUCUGAUCGACUGGAUCGAGGAGCCUAUCUGCUAUGGAGUCUUCUUCACUGCACCCAGACAGUGUGAGGAGAAACUCAACCUCAUUCAUUACAAGACUCCAGACAGUGUCACUAUCAGCUCAGCGAACCACACUGGUCCCAUGUUGGAGGGGAAAGAGUACCAGUUGCUCUGUGAUGUCCAGAACAUUGCCCCUGUUCAAUACCUCACCCUGAGGUGGUACAGAGGGCAGACUGAAGUUUACAACCACUCUUUCUCUGAUCUGACCCCAGCCUCCCCUGUCCAAGUAUCCUCCAUCCUCCUGAUCACCCCAACCAAAGCUGAUAACGGAGCCCAGUACAAGUGCGUGGCUCAGCUGGACUUGGGACCAGAGGGACCACAACCGCCUCCUUCAGUGACAUCAGAGCCUCUCAACGUCUCUGUGGACUACCCCCCAUCCUUCCUCAGUCCUGAGGCUGAGACCCUGGACAUCGGUAUGGGGGAUGAAAUCACAUUAAACUGUACGGCUACAGGAAGCCCCAGUCCUGUGUACAGCUGGCAGUCUUCAGAUCCCAAAGAGAAGAUGGAGGACCUACCUCUUUUUACCUCUUCCUCCUUGCUUCCAGGGACCUACACCUGCAUUUCCUCUAAUAAGAUUGGCAAGAAGAGUAAGCAAUUCAUCAUCAAGACUAAGUCUUAAGGUGUGAGAAUGUCAUCAUUGUCAGCCAGACCAUCGCACAGAAAAAAAGGAAUCGCCUUACAUUUUUAAAGACUUUGGUCAUGUAAUAGUAGCAUAUUGUGUUAUGAUUGAUUCUGGUUGUUAUUGCAACAUAACGUAUACUUUGAUGUGUUUAAAUAUAUAUGUAGGGUAUACAGUUCACUUUCAGUGUGGAGAACCCUAGAACAAGAGGUAGUGUGAAUAAUUAUAUCCAUUAAUAAGCUAUCCAUUAACUUUAUUUUGGAAAUCUACGUUGUUGUUUAUGUUCUCUUUUUUACAUGCAUAAAAACACUAAUAAAAUGACAAAUGUAUAUUUA